AAACGACGAGAAGUUAAUUGUUUUGAAUUACACCCUGCUCCUGAAAAUCAUAGUACAAGUUUGGUCCUUCCUAAAUCUGCUUUGGUCAUUAAAAAGAGAGAUUUUCUUUUUCACUGGAGAAAUCGGAUUGUCAAUUUGGCAAAAAUUGAAAAUGGGAACGUAAAGAUAAACACAGAUCAAAAGCAGCAGGGUUGUAAUCCGAUUGUAUUGCUCAAAUUCUAUGGGUUGACGGAUUUAUUAGCAAAGUCGACUGUCCCAAGCAAUGUAAACUUUGGUUACAUGCCCACUCUACAGGAUAAAAAAGAAAUGUUACGUAGAAGAUCAGUGGAAAUGCCAAAGUUAGAAGACCUUCUCACAGUUGUCGUCACAACAUCACCUGUGAAAUCGAAUCCUUCGACAGAGCUCUUAGAAAAAGUCUUUGACACAUUCAAAAAGUGCGGUCACGACUUCGCCUAUAAAUGCCAUAAAGUUAUUAUUUGCGAUGGCACUAGACAGCGCGAUGAAUCGACUACAAAGAAACAUACCAAUGAUAAACAAAGUAUGCGAAAUGGGAUUGUUACAGCGGAUCAAAACAAGAAUUAUUUYGCCUUCAAACAAAAUUUAAAACAGCUCUGCCAAGAACACGGUGAAUCAACGGUUUUGUCUCCUUUCAAUCAUACCACUGUCAGCGAACUUGAUGUUAGGCAGGGCUAUGGCUUCGCUUUGAGACAUGCUCUGAGGGAAUGUGUGGAUACCCCCUUUGUGAUAGUGAUUCAGCACGACCGAACAUUUAUGAGGCCGACUCCAAUCGCCGAGACUAUACGGGCCAUGUGGUAUAAUUCAAAUAUCAAAUACGUUGGAAUGAGUAUGCGAAGCAAUCUCAUGAUGCGCGACCAGUUUCUUGGCCGAUAUGGAGUAUCUUAUUCGGAUGAAAUGCUUGACUGCAUCCUUCGCCCUCCUGAGUUACUCUUGGACGCAAAAAAGUAUGGUCCCAACAGCGAGUCAGCUGCAGAGAUCGACUAUGAAGAUGGAGGAGAAAAGCUCCGCACAAAUUUGCUUGCCUUGGCAGAGACUUACAAGGGAUCGCAGCAAUAUAUCGAUAACUCUGAAUGGCUCAAAUCGUCUAAUGUGCCAGGAGAUAAGUGCCAGCUAUCCCUGUCUCCCACACUCUUCUGGUACGACAACGUUCAUAUUUGCGAGACGCGACACUAUCGGGAUUUCAUAUUCGACCCUGAAUACAGGAUGGUGGUGAAAGGAGGCUUCGUUGAAGAUAAACUCAGUCCCGUCAUCAAGAAGACGGUAGAACGACUUGGACUUAAAGAUGGACACUCCCGCUUUGGUUGUUUUUUGCUUGACGACUAUUCCGGAUUUUUCUUCACUGGCCACUUGGAUGGUGGUAGUUACAUGACUCCGCAACAAAAGCAACAACUCAUCGACAUUCAUCGGCUAUCAAACGCAAAGAAGAAGAAGGAGAAGAGACAGGAUAAAAACAAUGCGAACGACUGAAAUUCAGCUGGUUAAACAUCGUAAGUAGAUUAAUGACGGGAGUCAUAUAUUUUCCGCAAUCUACAUGUGAAUCAAACGAGGAGAACAAAAGAUACGUGUCUAA